AUGCCGAAGAAUUUGAAGCGUCCUGCCAGUGUUGUCUCGGAACCUGUUGAAGAAGCGGACGGCGAGUCUUCUAAAAAGCAAUGCUCGGCAACCGAACCCCUGGCAUCUCCAGAAGUCGACAAGAAGUUGAAGGAGAUGCUUCUGUGCCUCAGCUCUGGCCUGGCGAAGAGCUAUGCUUCCCAGGUGGAAGCCUUGGCAGCUGCGGCUGCACAACUGAUGAAUGCCUGGGAUCUUUGGAUAGCCGGCAAAGCCUUUCGCAUUGCCGAAGUCGAGGCAUAUGUGCACAGCCCUCAUCAUGCUGAUCCCUACGCCCAUGGCGAUGAAGGGCAAACAACUUGUGGUGUGUGGUACUUCCACAGGAAGGGGGGCACCUACAAGAGCGGUAGUUUCAAAGGCAUGGACCUGGCGUGUGGUGACAAAGCAGGCAACGUUUUUGCUGGUCUUCUUCUACGGGCAGUUAUUGAUCCUCUGGACAAACUGAUUGAAGGUCCUUGCUUGGUGGUCGACAAAAUCUUGGAGUUGAAUGGAAAAGAAUCGAUUGCCGCCUUUGCUGCAGGGCGAGCAGCUGCAGACCUGCCAGCAGUGAGCACGGAAGGACUUCGCUUAGCGCCUGCAGCUGAGCCUCGCUCCGACCCUGUCCGCUCCUCUGCGCGCGUUGGCCUCGUACUUCGCCAAGAAGCCACAGAAGAUGCCAAAGGUCCAAAGACUCAUAUGCAAGGCCGCCCGAUUGAGUUUUGCACACGUCCAUAUCGCUUCUCUACAGUGGCCUCACGCUUGACAAAAUACAGAAGUGGUUUUGUGGCUACUGCACAUCUAUCAGGAGCAUCAGACGGUGACAAGCUUGGUCUCUCUGAUCAAAAUUUUGCGAAAUAUGCGAAAUCUGCAGAGGACGGCAAGUCUAGCGGCGAUCCAUCCAAGUGGUUCAACAAAAAGAUCUCGACGCAGCCUGAGCUAUGUGAGUUGAUCGGAGCUUGCCAUGGAGUGCUGGCAUCGCUUUGA